UGCCGAAGUCCAUUGUGAGAUAAAGAGGCAACAGGCGACACCUUUUGGGGCAGUCAUGAGCCAAACACCAGCCACUACUGAGCCACCCACUGCCAGGCCUGAAGAGAAGAGACUUGCCCUUGAAGUGCCAGACAUCAUUGUUGUCGUCCUUUAUUUCGUCUUUGUCCUUGCUGUUGGAAUAUGGUCUUCUCUUCGAGCCAGUCGGGGAACAGUUGGAGGCUAUUUCUUGGCUGGAAGAUCCAUGACAUGGUGGCCGAUUGGAGCAUCUCUGAUGUCAAGCAAUGUGGGGAGUGGCUUAUUUAUCGGCCUGGCAGGCACAGGAGCUGCAGGAGGAUUGGCCGUUGGGGGCUUUGAGUGGAACGCCACCUGGGCAUUGCUGGUUCUUGGCUGGAUCUUUGUGCCAGUUUACAUCUCUUCGGGAGUGGUCACCAUGCCUGAAUACCUGAGGAAAAGAUUUGGAGGGCAAAGGAUUCAAAUCUACCUGUCUGUACUGUCCCUCAUCCUGUAUAUAUUCACCAAGAUAUCAACAGAUAUUUUCUCUGGUGCACUUUUCAUCCAAGUCUCCCUUGGUUGGAACCUUUACCUUUCUACAGUGAUCUUGUUGGUUGUGACAGCCGUUUACACUAUAGCUGGUGGUUUAACUGCAGUGAUAUACACAGACGCUUUGCAGACUGUGAUCAUGGUGCUUGGAGCAUUGGUUCUUAUGUUUAUCGGCUUUGAUAAAGUUGGGUGGUACGAAGGACUGCAAGAGAAGUAUAGUAGAGCCAUCCCCAGUGUCAUUGUGCCAAACACUACUUGCCACUUGCCACGGGAAGAUGCCUUCCAUAUGAUGAGGGACCCUAUCAAUGGAGAUAUUCCAUGGCCCGGACUUAUAUUUGGCCUCUCAGUGCUUGCUCUUUGGUGCUGGUGCACAGAUCAGGUAAUUGUGCAAAGGUCACUCUCUGCGAAGAGUCUCUCUCAUGCUAAAGGCGGGUCUGUGCUAGGCGGAUAUUUGAAAAUCUUCCCAAUGUUUUUCAUUGUCAUGCCAGGCAUGAUUAGCAGAGCUCUCUAUCCAGAUGAAGUGGGAUGUGUAGACCCAGAAAUCUGUGAAGAGGUCUGUGGAGCGAAAGUGGGUUGUUCAAACAUUGCCUACCCUAAGCUAGUAAUGGAGCUCAUGCCUGUAGGACUCCGUGGCUUGAUGAUUGCUGUGAUCAUGGCUGCCUUGAUGAGCUCUCUCACCUCUAUCUUCAAUAGCAGCAGCACACUUUUUGCCAUAGAUAUCUGGCAGCGACUCCGCAAGACGGCCACCGAACAGGAACUCAUGAUCGUCGGAAGGGUGUUUAUCCUCAUUCUCGUUGCCAUUAGCAUCCUCUGGAUCCCCAUCAUCCAGCUAGCCAACAGCGGUCAGCUCUUUGACUACAUUCAGUCAAUAACCAGUUACCUAGCGCCACCCAUCACUGCCCUCUUCAUCCUAGCAAUCUUCUGCAAGAGGAUCAAUGAGCCAGGAGCUUUCUGGGGACUGAUGUUUGGGUUAGCAGUCGGACUCGUUCGGAUGGUUAUGGAGUUUAUCUACAUGGCACCCUCCUGUGGUGAGGAGGACCAAAGGCCAGCUCUAUUGAAAGAUGUGCACUAUCUGUACUUUGCUAUCCUCCUGUGUGUGCUAACAGCAGCUGUCAUCGUCACUGUUAGCCUCUGCACACCACCAGUCCCAGAGGAAAAACUUGCCCGACUGACAUGGUGGACUAGACACAGCAAAACAACUGGAAAAGACCUGGAGAGCCACACCUGCCCAAGCACAGAGAUGAUUCCCUCCAAGAGAGAGAACGAUGUAGAUACUGUUCAAUCAGAGAAUGGAGAUUUAGUAUGUAAAGAACAUGGAGGAGCAAAGCAUCCUUGUUGGAAGAAAGUGUAUUUCUGGUUCUGUGGGAUUUCCACCGACCCCAAGCCCACUUUAACCAGAGAGGAGGAAGCAGCGCUUGAAAAGAAACUCACCAGCAUCAAGGAAGAGCCAAUGUGGAAGGCUGUUUGCAAUGCCAAUGCUGUAGCGCUCUUGGCUAUUAACAUCUUCUUAUGGGGUUACUUUGGAUGAACACAGGAUUUCCUUGUUCCAGUUAGAACAAGCACAGGCAUCAACCGGAAGCUACAAGUUACAAUUCAUUCAGCCAUGGACCUACACAGUGGCUUUAGCUGGUCCCCUUCCCUGUCUCCAUCCCUAUCAGUGAUAUCUUGACCUACCUCAUUGGGUUGUUGUGAAGACACACGAUAAAGUGAUUU